UUUCAGAAAACCUCUCUCCGCAAAAAUCUAAAGACUUUUCUCUGAAUCCACACCUUCACUUGAACUCACACUUAGGUGUUGCCUAUGUCCCUUAUUUGUCUUUCUCUCUCAACCUGUUCUCUAAACCUUCAUCUUCCCACCUAUAACAAUCUUUUUGUGUCUUCCUUACUCAUCAAGCAUAACCCACUUUUUUCCUAUAUAUCUACUCGUUCUUUUGAAGCUUCCCUAGCUAUAUAUCAUGGAAUCAAACCUUCAUGAAGACUCCAAGAGCUCCAGCGAAGAAGAAACCGAUCGAUCCGAGCAAGCAAAUGAUGAUAUGGGCACAGGUCGCUCCUAUGAGUGUGUUUUUUGCAAGAGAGGCUUCACUACUGCACAGGCUUUGGGUGGACAUAUGAAUAUUCAUAGGAAAGAUAGAGCCAAGCCAAGGCCUAGCUCAGUCAUUCCUUCAAUUUCCAGCAAAGUUGAUGACGAUUAUUAUGCAAGUUUAAGAGGCUAUCCACCAAUUCAGAGCUACCCACCUCACUAUUCCACCGCUCAUCAUCACCAUCAUGAGGUACUUAGAAAUUAUCAAACAUUUUUUCCAGCAGCGUCUACAUGGGAUUUUAGACCCCCACAUAGCGACGAUUUGCAUGUGCAAAGCCCUCAGCUUUUGAAUCCUUUCGAGGAGGAUUGGCGAAGGAGUCUAAGCCUGCAAAUUGGUCCAUCCCAUGUAGAUGAUAGUAAAGGAAAAACAGAAGACGGCAGCGAAGCAGACGAGUUAGAUUUGGAGCUGAGACUUGGUCAUGAUCCAUAGUAUUUAUUAUUCUAUCAGGUAUUUGAUGAGGAACUUGCAUAUAUGUUAAUUAUAUAUAUAGCUGUAUUUGAUAUAUUAUUGUACAGCUAUGGAUUUUUCGAUGCUUCAAAAAAAUGGGGGAAAAUGUGGAAAAUUAUUAUGUUGCUUAAUUUAUAAGUGUAUUUUGGCAUAUCUUUUUGGGGCAAUUCUGCUGGGAAGACGUAUAUGGUAGGAGAGGCAAGUUUUCCACUUGUACGUUCAGGAAGAAAGACAAUAAAUUAUAAUAAAAAUUCCUAGUUAAAUUGCAGAUUUUGAAGGAAGUUUUAUCAGUCUCCUUCAUCCUCUAUGGAACCCUAUAUUGAUUUAGGGUUAUAUGAGAUGUUCUUCUCUUUGCAAGUGUUGUCAC